AUGAGGCAGAAGUCAAUCGAGACGACCACCGACUUGUCACCGGAGCGUGUGUCUUUCUUCAAGGCCGACCUGUCGAGACCGGACCUCGGCCUGGACAAGUACGAGUACCACUACCUGCAGGUGUACGCCACGACGACCGAGAUCAUCCACUGCGCGUGGCCGGUGGACUUCAACAAGAGCAUACACUCGUUCCGACCGAGCUUGGACGGUGUCCUGAACCUGUCAGCGCCGUCAGUGGCUACAAAGGAACUGGCUCACCGUCGACCGUUGUUGUUGUCCCUGAGACCGGGGAUCGUCAGCUGGAUCCCCGUCGACCGGUUGCCAGCCGUGAUUGUCGAAGUUGCUCGAGGACUCAUGACGACAAGGGACCACUCGGCUGCUGCUGCUGCUCCCGCCGGCACAAAACACAAAGACUCUCAAGCUCAAGUCUGCCACGCCGUCGACCCUGCCACUGUCAGAUGGAGCGAUCUCGUCGGCAUGGUACAACAGGCUCUUCAACAGAAAACAAGGAGUCGAUCGGAUGGCUCGUUGAGUGGCGAUUACGACGUCAAGAUUGUCUCUUUUGAGGAGUGGCUCGGUCGCCUGAGGUACAGUAGCAGUGGUAGUGGUAAUCACAAGGGAGGGUUCGACGAGACUGAUGCUGAUGCCGUGGCAACACAAAAAAACCCGGGGUUAAACUACUCGAAUUCUACGAGUCUUCAUUAUUGUCGAAUCCGGAAUUUGCUACUGCCACUACUACCACUGACUCCCGCGGGAGGUGGUCAACAACAACGACGCCAACAAGGGUUAUUGGCUAGGCUUGACUUGACCAAGACAAUCGAGAAGCCGUCGAGUCUGAAUGGGUCUCUGGGUGGGUCGACAAGUGGAUCUACUCCUCCUCCUCCUCCUACAAUAGUAAGGGAGUUUUCGAAACACUAA